UGGGCAGAUUAUGCGUAGCAAACAAAAAGUGUGUGUGCGAGAGUGUGUGUGUCAGUCAGUCGCUGCUUCACGGCUCCAUCUGCGCUCGCGCCCGCCGGCACUCUCACCUUCAACCGGAGCGGGAAAUGUACUGAGUGCGCGGACUUCACGGCUCUGCACGCGCACGAUUCACGGCACAUUCUUACAGUUUUGCAAACCUUGUGGAUUAUUGCUUUUUUUUUUUAAUCCUUUAUUAUUCGGUCGUGAUGGAGGAGUCCAGUUCACAGAAGUUGGCGUGGGACGGGGACGCUAAGGCCAUGCAGCAAUGUUUAACGGACAUUUUCACGAGUGUGUACACCACCUGCGACAUUCCCGAAAACGCGAUCUUCGGGCCGUGUGUGCUCAGUCACACUUCACUGUACGACAGCAUCGCCUUCAUCGCCCUAAAAUCCACAGACAAGAGGACGGCGCCUUACAUAUUCAGGGUGGACACCUCAGCUGCAGGAAGUACUGCAGAAGGUCUGAUGUGGUUGAGGUUGGUCCAAUCUGCACGAGACAGAGAUGAGCAGAACCUGGAGGCCUAUGUGAAGAAUGGCCAGCUCUUCUAUAGGUCACUGAGAAGAAUUGAGAAGGAUGAAGAACUCUUGGUGUGGUACGGGAAGGAUCUGAUCGAGCUACUGUUACUCGGCUCUAGCAGAAACCAUGUCAAAAGCAAAGGAUCGCCACCUUAUCUGUGUCCAGACUGCAGUCAGCGCUUCCAGUUCGAGUUCCCUCUCCUGGCUCACCUGAGAUUCCGAUGCACCAAGAGACUGCAAAUGAUGGCCGGUGGCGAGGACGAUGCUAAGGACAUGAGAGAACAGAAUAGCAUGCCCACUUCCAGUUCAAGCCCUAAAUUGGGCCGAUCCGAAGGUUUCUCCAGCCCCCAGGAUGGAAAACCAUCAACAGACUUCCACAACCUUGCCAGGGACUUGGAGAACAACAGGACAAGUCCUGCCACUGACAAGGAGGCAGAGAUACUGAGUGAGAGCUCAGGCAAGCGCAAAUUUUCUGAUCUAGAGGACCACAACCGGGCCAUAGGCUCGACCCAAAAGUCCAAGGAAGAGCUGGCUAAUUCGGCCCAGCAGUAUCGUGGAGCCUAUGGCCUGGAUGAUAACAGGCGACCAUUCUCACCCUCCGAGGUCCCAGAAACAAAACGCAGCGCUUUUACUGAAGUCAAAAAGUCACCACAGGGCUUAAAGCAUGGUGCCAAAAAUGGUGGUUUCAACUCAGAGAAUAAGACAGAUGCAGUGAGGCCUGGCAGUGAGAAGCAUCCUAGCAUUAGGCAAGUGCUGAGCGAGACACAGCCGCCUCAGUCACGGAUCGAGAGCUCAGCUGUAGCGAGCGCUUUCACUUCAGUAUCCCAGGAUUCCGGAGGCUCAGAGCGCAAGAGCGCCUUCAGCCAGCCAUCGCGUUCUUUCUCACAGCUUUCACCACUCAUCAUGACGCCUAAGCUGAUGCCUGGAGUAGACUGCCACCCUCCUGUAGGUGACACCGUCACUUCCAGUAGACUCUACCAAGCUGAUCACCUGGGAGCCAAGCUGCAAGGUUCUGAACUGGGCACCAAUUGUCCUGUACCAGGUGGCAUGACAAAACAGAACCCAUUCCUCUACGCAACAACUUUCUGGCCUAAAUCGUCAAGCUCCAUCCAGCUGCAGAUGCCAUCUGCCCUCACACUCCUGCCCCCGUCCUUCACCUCUCUCUGCCUGCCAGCACAGAACUGGUGCGCGAAGUGCAAUGCCUCUUUCCGCAUGACCUCUGACCUGGUGUACCACAUGCGUUCGCACCACAAAAAGGAAUAUUCCAUGGAGCCAUUGGUCAAGAGGCGGCGCGAAGAGAAGCUAAAGUGUCCCAUCUGCAACGAGUCAUUCAGGGAGAGGCAUCACCUCUCGCGUCACAUGACCUCUCAUAACUGACUUUUUGUGGCACUAUACUUUUCAAACAACAUUAUUAUUCUUUUUUCCUAUCGGAAGGGGAAUAUUGUCAAUCUUGUCAAAUUGGAGAUCUCACAUUCUUAAGGACAUUUCUGUUUGGAUUGUAUCUUUCAACAUGUCAUGCUUUUGUGUAUGCACAACUUUAAAACCCAAAAAAACUCUAAAAAAUCUAUUUGAAAAAAUCUAUUAUUAUAUGAAGCACUUAUUAUUUGUGGGGGAAAUGGGGAAAUAAUAAAAUGUACAUGUAAUUUGUAAUUUGUAUUUUGUAUAUAUUAAUGUAUUGUAUAAUGUAUAGAAAUUAAUUGAAAUGUAGUUCAGUUUCAUGAAGAAAAAAAAUUAUUCAAUUGCUUUUCAUGUCUAUAGGUCUAAUGAAAAUAAUUCGGAAUAUGAUGUUGAACUAUAUUGAAGAAUGCAUGUAAAUUAGAGUUAUCUGUUUAAGAUACAGUCUAUUUACAACAAUGUAAAUAUUUGUUUGAAUACAACAAAGGUGUAAUAUUUUGUGUCAGUGAGGAAUAGAUACUGUGUCUCAUCCUUUUUGCUGAAAUUUACUAUUUGAUAGUUUAUCUAACCAUGUUGAAUGCUUUGACAAUAAAAUAGCUUUAUUUUCA